UCAUGAUCUAAUCGGGUUCCAGGGUUUAGCUGAUGUAUAAUUGUCAUUACUCAUCAUGAAACGCAUCGAAACAUUCUAAAUUUCUAAUUGAUCUCUCUUUAUAUUCUCUAAGUCUUAUUGUCUAACUUCGGCCUCAAUACUGCAAUUCCCCAAAUUCUAGGGUUACGAAUUCAUCAUCACCUUCAAGACGACGUAAUCCUACCUUCAAUUUUUUCGAUUCAGCGAAAAUGGUGUUAGCGCAAUUAGGUGGGAGCAUUUCGCGUGCUCUUCAGCAGAUGAGCAAUGCGACAGUCAUUGAUGAGAAAGUUCUCAAUGAAUGUCUCAAUGAGAUCACUCGUGCCCUUUUGCAAGCCGAUGUUCAAUUUAAACUUGUUAGAGACAUGACCACUAAUAUUAAGAAGAUUGUUAAUCUUGACGAUCUUGCAGCUGGUCAUAAUAAGCGUCGCAUUAUUCAACAGGCUGUAUUUAAUGAGCUUUGCAAAAUGUUGGAUGCUGGAAAGCCAUCUUUUACUCCAAAGAAAGGAAAACCAAGCAUUGUCAUGUUUGUUGGUCUGCAAGGGUCUGGAAAGACAACGACAUGUACAAAAUAUGCUUAUUAUCAUCAGAAAAAGGGUUGGAAACCAGCUCUGGUUUGUGCUGAUACUUUUAGGGCAGGUGCUUAUGAUCAGUUGAAGCAAAAUGCUAAUAAAGCUAAGAUUCCUUUUUUUGGAAGUUACACGGAAUCAGACCCAGUGAAGAUUGCUGUUGAUGGUGUAGAUACAUUUAAAAAAGAAUCAUAUGAUCUCAUUAUCAUUGAUACCAGUGGACGCCACAAGCAAGAGGCUUCUCUAUUCGAAGAAAUGCGACAAGUUGCUGAGGCAACGAAACCAGACCUUGUCAUUUUUGUCAUGGAUAGUAGUAUUGGUCAAGCUGCAUUUGAUCAAGCUCAAGCUUUUAAGCAAAGUGUUGCAGUUGGAGCUGUGAUUAUUAGUAAAAUGGACGGUCAUGCAAAGGGAGGUGGUGCUCUUAGUGCUGUGGCUGCGACCAAGAGUCCUGUGAUUUUCAUUGGAACAGGAGAGCACAUGGAUGAGUUUGAGGUUUUUGAUGUCAAGCCAUUUGUUAGCCGCCUCUUGGGUAUGGGUGACUGGUCAGGGUUCAUGGAUAAGAUACAUGAAGUGGUUCCCAUGGACCAGCAGCCUGAGCUUUUGCAGAAAUUAUCUGAGGGGAAUUUUACUCUCAGAAUCAUGUAUGAGCAGUUUCAGAAUAUCAUGAAGAUGGGUCCUAUUGGUCAGGUUUUCUCUAUGCUUCCUGGAUUCAGUUCUGAGUUGAUGCCCAAAGGUCAAGAAAAAGAGAGCCAAGCAAAGAUCAAACGCUAUAUGACCAUGAUGGAUUCAAUGACAGAUGAAGAGUUGGACAGCUCAAACCCAAAGAUUAUGAACGAAUCACGAAUUUUGCGUAUUGCUCGUGGAUCUGGCCGUCUUGUUAGAGAAGUUAUGGAUAUGAUGGAGGAAUAUAAACGUCUUGCCAAGAUCUGGAGCAAGAUGAAGGGACUUAAGAUUCCUAAGAAGGGAGAUAUGAGCGCCUUGUCACGCAACAUGAAUGCACAGCAUAUGAGCAAGGUUCUUCCUCCGCAGAUGUUGAAGCAGAUAGGAGGUACCGGUGGUUUGCAGAACUUAAUGAAACAAUUGGGAAAUAUGGGUUCAGCUAAAGACAUGAUGGGUAUGUUUGGCGGAGGAGACAAGUGAUCAGUCCUUUCAAAUGUGCUGUUCGUUCUUAUUAGCUUCUGCUGGCAUGAAUUUUUUUGGCUAUAUCUUCGAAAUUCCAAUUUGCUUUCUCCGGCUACUUCCCAGAUUUACGGCCAAAUAUUCGAGUUGCCUGCUCUUUGAUCUCUCGUUGCUGUAAAGUACGUUCAUUGAUAGGUUUCUAUUUUUGUUUGUUUUUAUUGUAAACUAAUUAGUAAUUACUAUCUCAAGACUCAAGCUCAUACAUCAGAAUUGUAAACAAUUAGUUAUCUAUCCACCGGUUAAUUGUUACUAACAUUAAUAAAUCUUACUGACAAUUAUAUUUAUUUGUCUAUUAGUAAUAAGUUGAUUACCUAUUGGGUUAAU